AUGGUGGGCUACACUAUCAACACCAACGGACAGGAAAUCGGGUUCGUGGCAAUGGCCUCAGUUGAAAUUCCCGAGUGUCCAGAGCUUUCGGAGUCUCUGAAACUGACGCGGGUGCGGAUGAAGCGCACGAUGCUGGUCAUCCCAGCUGCUGACACCCCGAAGGCGACCUCGGAGGUCUUUGCCAUGGGCGCCACUGAGGCAAACAUGUCGUCAAUUAUCGCUCACGCGCAGUACCGAUUAAACAUGGCCGUCCUCAACGAUAUUUCGCUGGUGAUCGACUCGCAGAACAUCGCGACCCAAACGUUGGCCCUCCGCAAGAACUGGGUGCCGGACGCAAGCCGCCCCUCGUGCAGCAUUUGCAGUCGCAAGUUCCACUUCAUGUUUCGGCGGCGGCACCACUGCCGGUUGUGUGGCGACAUCGUCUGCAAGACCUGCUACGUUACUCGCGCCGUCCCUGGCGCGGACAUUGAGAUCGAGUCCGGUAGCAAGCCAGCAGAAAUUUGCCAGACGAAGUUCUGCGUGCGCUGUGUCAUGGGCCUCCGUUCGAUCGACAAACGGCUAGACAAGUUUUCACAGCAAAUAUCCAAGAUGUUGUCGCUGAACAUGGACAAUCUGAACAUUCCGACGACUGCGGUAGCGCAGCAUCAAGUGGAGUCGAACCAACACGAUCCCGCUGUCUCGUGUACCAGUGAGAAAGACACUCAUGAAGAGGAUGAAAUGGAUCAUAUCCCGGGGGCGAAGUACCUCGAUCCUACUGAGGUCGACAGCGACGACGAUGACGACGAUACUGAUAGCACUAACAGUCGAGGCACCGACAUUUCAUACGAAGUUGGCGAAUGCAAGUAUCUGCAGCCAUCGCUGCCGACACAUUCGACCUCGCACAACAAGCUGCCCGGACUUUCGCAACUUAACCGUCACAGCUCCGCCGUCAGUCUCGGUAGCGAGCCCGACAUCUUCGAGGAGAAGGUGAUACUCAACAUGGACAAGCUCAGCCGAAUCGUCGCGAUUUAA